GAGGUGGGAGUGGAGGUGUUGAGGUAAAAUAAUUCCGCCACCUCUAAGGAAGUUGACUCCCCAGAGCAGCGUUCUGAGAGACCGCGCGUAGCGAGCAGGGGACUCAGGAUUUGCGGGAGCAGAGGGACAGCAGACCGGAUCGGCUCCACUCAGCAUGGCAGCGGCGGCAGCAGCAGGUGGCCGGGACCGGGGCCUGGAGGAGGAGCUGACUUGCUCCAUCUGCCUGCACCUCUACGUCGACCCCGUGCUGCUGGGCUGCCCACACACCUUCUGCAGAGAGUGCAUCGUGAGCGUGUGGCGCGACGGUGCCUGCGCCUGCCCCGAGUGCCGCAGGGUCUUGCCCUUUGGCUCCAAGGAGGAGAUGCGGAAGCAGCUCGAGAAAAACUUCAAGCUGGCCAGCAUCGUGGACAGGUUCUCAAGUCUCAGCACGGAAGGGGAACGGCCGCUGAAGGAGCUCAACCCGAGCUUGGCACGAGUGAGGCUCCUGAAUCUGGACCUCUGUGCUCAGCAUGGCAAGGCACUCGCCAUGUUCUGCCGGGAGCACGGUGCGUUUGUGUGCACUGACUGCGUCACGAGCGGUGCGCACCGGGGCCACAAGCUAAUGUCAGCAGAGGAGGUUGGUCGGCAGGCAAAGGAAUCCCUAUCGCGGUCACUCCAACAACUUAUGACACAUAAUGGGAAAGUUGCAGCAAGAUUGAAUAUACUGAAGAACACGGAAGCCAAUGUAGAGGGAACGUCGGCAGCUUUUGACAAAUCCAUAGACGACGCUUUUAACACUGCAAUCAAGUCCCUCGAGGAAGAAAGGGCCACACUCAAGCAGUUGGCGCAUGCAGAGCAGAGUAAACUAUUGGGCCUAAUCCAUGGCCAGAUGGCGCCCCGAGAGAAGAUGGUCGCUGAGAUGGUGGCUGUCACCAAAGAGGUGCAGGCGGCUUUGCAGGAAACGAAUCACGUGCGGGCUAUCCAGGUGAGCGGUGAGUUGGAGAGAAGGAUAACGGCCGUGAUGAUGAAGAACCCGCCAAAUGACAACAUCGUGACUAGAGACCUAUUUUCAUCCUUGCAUGGCCUGCUGCAGAGUCUCUCCCCCAGAAUCUCCAAUUGGAAGACAGAAAACGCGAUGCUCAGAAAUUUCAGGAGUCCAACCCUUGAUGAAGAUACGCUGCACUACCAACUGGACGCCGACGACUGUGGCAAGGCCCCGAGCCUGUCUCGGCCCCUCAGGAGGCGUCGGGACGUGACGGAGGGCUGUGAGGCGUUCUCCUACUGGAGGCAAGCGCUGUGCGAGGAGGGCUACACCUCCGGGUUGCACUACUGGGAGGUGGACGUCAGCGAGUGCGUCGAGUGGUGUGUGGGCGUCUGCUAUGGGUCGAUGGAGCGGAGCGGCAAUACCAGCGAUGCGGAGCUGGGUGAAAAUGCCGAGUCGUGGUGCAUCAAAUACAGAGACGAUGAUGACGACGACGACGAUGGAAAUCUGAGUGCCUUUCACGAUGCAGAGCAAACCGACAUUGAAUUCAGCUGCGAUGGUGGCCGUAGAGGCUGGCACAUCGACAGGGUGGGCAUUCUGCUGGACUGUGACAUGGACCGACUGUCAUUCUAUGAUGUUUCACAGGCACGGGUCCACUUGCACACCUACUACGUUGUGCAAUACGAUGGUCCACUCUUCCCUGCGUUCAAAGUCCUAGACGACAGCAUCACAAUAGCCACGUGUCCACGCUCCUGCGCAGGCCUCUGCUAGGAUUCUCAGAAGAGGUGACGUGGACCCAGCAUCAGAGCGCUCUGUGAGCAUUGCUGUGUAGGUUAGCCGUUCUGGCACUGUUGCUCCCCCGGUUGAUUACUGUCAUAGAUGUGCACUGUUCACGUCACCUUUGAGAUAGAUUUCUAUAGACUCGCAUAACUAUCCACAGACUUAGUUCAACACAAAUAGACUCAAAUAUCGACCUAUUGAUACCCACAGAUUCAAAUAGAUACGCAUAGACUCACAUAUAUACUUAUAGACUUGUAUACAUACCCACAGAUUCACGUACAAAUCUACAGACUAAUAUAGAUAACCAGAUAUUUAGAUGAACCCAUAUACUCACAUAGAUACCCACAGAAUCACAUAUAAAUUAAUAGACUCAAAUAUAGACCCAUAUUCUCGCAUAAAUAACCACAGGUUCAUGUAGAAAUCAAUAGACAUACAUAGAUACCGAUAUAUUCAUAUAGAUACCCAUAGACUCGCAUAGAUACCCAUAUACUCACAUAGAAAACAAUAUAAACUCAUGGCGUCAUACAGAGCCUCAUAUAUCUACGUGGGAAGUUGUGCUUAUAUGGUUGGAAUCUCGGUUCCCAGGGACAAUUAUAUUACGUGUGUUUGUGGACUUAAUGGAAUGUUUCGUUGUGGAUGAGAGGCUCCCUCUCCUCUGUCAUGAAAUGGACCAGUACUGCCUGGACCUCUGAAAUACAGGAGAUCCGGUGAACCGGUUCUGGCUUCAAUAAUUUUGAGGGGAAGACAGCUCUCCACUCAGCAUAGGAAACUGCCAAACAACAGGGAUUGCCACUUCUUUUGAACAAAAGAAUGAAGGGGGUGUGGGAGCGUGGCGGUGAUGUCUAAGAAGCUGUAAGUUACAGUGUUGUAUAUAUAGGCCUUUUUCCAAAAUUGAUAUUAAGAAUGAUUUUGCCAAUAUAUAUUUUUUAAUCAUUCGUGGUGUCGCUUGGGGGCCAAAGGGGGUGAGAUAAACCCCCCCUCCCCUCACAGCAGCUGCCUCUCACACUGGAACCAGGCAGCCGGAUAUAAGCCAUAAAAUAUAAUAAAACCCAAAACAAAGCGGGGGAAUUACUAAUGAGACACGCUGGAAAUAUACGUAGCCUCAAAGGCCCCCGUUUUAAGAGCACAGACAACCAGGCGCCAUGAAGGAACAGGCAAAUUCUACAAUAAUUUGCAUUUUCGUUUCUCUUAAUACAACGGUUAAUGUUCAGAACUUAGCGACAAAAUGAGUCGACAUAGACUGCCAACACAAUCACUCCGAUUAAAAACCAGACUACAGUCUACAUAGUGGAUUAUUACUUCUCAUACAUAUUUUAAUACUAAUGUUAAUACUAAUGUUAUUCACCUUAAAUUCUAUUACCUUUUGCCAUCUACGUGACUUUACAAAAACCAAGGGAUAUCAAUUCCAGCAGUCAAGAAGCUUAACUGAAACUUAGCUAUACCUCUAACCUUAGGACAUCAAAAUAUAACUCGAGUUUAACAGCACAGAUCCCUGGAUACAGACGGGGGAACAAACGUUAAUAAACCCUAUGAACACACGUGAAAUGACGAUGUUAAAUCACGAAUCGUGGAAAACAUAAACCAAAUAAUGAUUAUAAAGAGUUAAGCCAGGGGUCAUCCAGGGGAGAUGGGGCGAGGUGGGUCGAUCACGUGACCAAGAGAAAAGGAUUCCAUAGAUGAAGCCUCCCGGCCGCCUUGUCUCCUAGCAGCAUGGGGUAGCAAUAAAACCACAAAGGGAGAGACCACGACCCCCAUUGAGAUAGACAAAGGUGACACCCGACCGCGAAGGAAGGAGCCAGGCCUUGAGGAAACAACUUAUCACCCCAAUAAGUAGAACAAA